AUUCACCGAGUGCGAUAUAGUGGGGUUUGGCACUGAGUUUGCCGCCUCACAUUCUAUACCCUUCUAUCCCUCUCCCUCUCCCUCUCCCUCUCCAAUUCAUCAUCAACUGGUUGUGCACAGAUCAAGCGAUGGCUACUCAAGGCAAAGUAAUCACCUGCAAAGCUGCGGUGGCGUAUGAGGCUAAUAAGCCGUUAGUGAUCGAAGAUGUGGAGGUUGCGCCGCCUCAAGCUGGUGAAGUUCGAGUUCAGAUUCUCUUCACUGCGCUUUGUCAUACCGAUGCUUACACUUGGAGUGGCAAGGAUCCUGAGGGUCUUUUCCCAUGUAUUCUUGGUCAUGAAGCUGCUGGGAUCGUGGAGAGUGUGGGUGAAGGGGUGACUGAAGUUAAACCUGGAGACCACGUGAUACCUUGUUAUCAGGCUGAAUGUAGGGAAUGCAAGUUCUGCAAAUCAGGAAAGACCAACCUAUGUGGGAAGAUUAGAGGAGCCACUGGAGUUGGUGUCAUGAUGAAUGAUCGUAAGAGUCGUUUUUCAGUCAGGGGAACCCCAAUAUAUCAUUUCAUGGGAACCUCUACUUUUAGUCAAUACACAGUUGUACAUGAUGUUAGUGUUGCAAAGAUUGAUCCCCAAGCUCCUCUAGAGAAGGUCUGCCUUCUUGGUUGUGGUGUCCCUACUGGCCUUGGUGCAGUUUGGAACACAGCAAAAGUUGAAUCCGGUUCAAAUGUUGCUAUUUUUGGUCUUGGAACCGUUGGUCUUGCAGUGGCAGAGGGUGCAAAAGCAGCUGGUGCUUCGCGAAUAAUUGGUGUAGAUAUCGACAACAGAAAGUUCGAUAGAGCAAAAAACUUUGGUGUGACUGAAUUUGUGAACCCAAAAGAUCAUGAGAAGCCGAUACAGCAGGUUCUUGUUGACAUGACAGAUGGAGGUGUUGAUUACAGUUUUGAGUGUAUCGGCAAUGUUUCCAUAAUGAGGGCUGCCUUGGAGUGCUGUCACAAGGGAUGGGGGACAUCAGUGAUUGUUGGGGUUGCAGCAUCGGGUCAAGAGAUAUCGACCCGCCCGUUUCAGUUGGUUACUGGUCGUGUCUGGAAGGGUACAGCUUUUGGUGGGUUUAAGAGCCGCACUCAAGUGCCUCAGCUUGUUGAUAAAUAUAUGAACAAGGAAAUCAAGAUCGAUGAGUACAUAACACAUAAUUUGACACUUGAUGAGAUCAACAAGGCAUUUGAUUUGUUGCAUGGAGGGGAUUGUCUGCGUUGUGUGCUUACACUUUGAAACAAGCUGAAUCAGAAUUGGGUGCAGUCCUUGAAGCUCAAAUAAAAUAAAUGAAUGUCGUGCCUUUGUUUUUCUUCUGGUUUUUGUGGCUGUGUGAAGAACGAAUGAUAUGGUUUUUUUAGAAAUGAACGAUAUCGCUGUUUUUAUUGCUGUAA